UCGGGCGUCUCAUAUUGACGGAUGUCACAAGUUUGUUUGGGCGCAAAUUUCGGCUGUAUCAAACUGCUUCGAUUUUAUCUACAAAAGUUCCGUAAAAAGAUCUUAAGUCAUUGGUUUGGACAACACAUUUUCUUGUUAUAACACCAGUUCAUUCGGUAUAUUCAUAUUAUAUACUGGUCGCGCUUGCUUCGUUGUACUCAGAAGCAAACGUUUCAAACCCAGCAAUCGCAGCAGGCUUCUAGCGUCGACAAUUGCAAUUGCAGUGCUACUUUUCUCGUACAUCUCUGAAAGACAUCGGAUCUUGAAUCUCAGAUUCUGUUUUUGUCACGGACAGCAGCGUUGUGGUAUUUUGCUGAAAUCAGUUCACAAUUGACGCCAUCUUUCUACAGGCAAUGAGUAACAAAAAGCUGAAACCCGAGGAACCGGUUGAAGAAGUAAAUGAGUUUUCUGUGGAAAAAAUUUUGGACAGCAGAGUCGUCAACGGAAAGGUAGAAUAUUUUCUAAAGUGGAAAGGUUACUCAUCGGAAGAAAACACCUGGGAACCUGAAGAAAAUCUCGAUUGCGACGAUCUAAUCCAAGCUUUCAAGGAAUCCCGAAAGAAGAAAGAAGCUAAAGAAGAAAGUUCUGGAAGGAAGAGCAAACUGAAGGAAGCGUCGGAAGAAUCGAAGAUAGUUCCAGCUAAACGAAAAGCUACUGGAGAAAAGAAAAUGGGAUUUGAACGGGGUUUGGUCCCGGAAGAGAUCAUCGGUGCAACCGAUGACCAUGGAAAGCUGAUGUUUUUAAUGAAAUGGAAGAACGCAGCGAAUGCCGACUUAGUACCCGCUGAGCAAGCAAACGUUAAAUGCCCGCAAAUUGUGAUUAAAUUUUAUGAAUCCAGGCUAACAUGGCAGUCGCCCGAAUCAAGAGCCGAGACGCGAGUGGACUAGGAUUUAAAGUGCUCAUAAUUUAUGUUUCAUAACUUACCACUUUCAGUUUUAACAUACUACCUGUUUUAAUCAGUUAUACUUUUCCAUAGUACUCCAAAAUUUUCAUGGUCAGCCAAUCAUUUCUAAUUACAAUGCUUUAUAGAAUAUUUCCAAAACACCCGGCAAUUCUUUGACAUCCCGAACAUCACAACAAUAAUUUCGUGACACGUGGGAUAGAUAAGAAGGUUUUUCCAUCUAUGUAAACGAAAAACGAGAAUGAAUGUAAUUAGUGUAUAAUAAAGAUUCUGUCCUCAUUAAA